AUGCCACCGAUGUCUACAGACAAAAUAGACCCAGACACCCCUGCAGAUACCGGACCCACCCCUGAAACCACCGACCAAUUGCACGGCGCCGGCGCCUUAACUCUACCUGAAGAUCAAUUCGCCGACGAAGACAACAAUCCCUUUGAUCACACUCUGCUAUCAAGCAUGAUCAACGAUAAGAACCAUGUGCAUACCACCAAUUUGCACGGGGAUGGUGGCCCCGACCGAGUGAAAAACCAUCAGGUGGACGUGGUGGAUGCCGCUGGCGACGCCCUGGCCCCGGUAUUUGCCAGUCCCGAAGAGUCUGUCCUUCUCUACACAAACCCCAAAUCAAACGGUGACGGGUCUACUGACACCGAAGCCACCACCACCGGCUCGAUCCAAAUUAACACCGAAAGCAGGGUGAUGAGGCUUCUCCGGCCCAGCUCCAACAUGAAGGUGCAAAUCACCGAAGCCAAUAACUCGAGUGAAGGAAUGCUGAAUUCUCUGAAGAAGUAUAUCGUCUAUACCAUCAAGUUGAUCAACGAAGACAACAAAGAAGAGGUCCAGACUCGCCGACGGUAUAGCGACUUUGAGAGUCUUCGAGAGAUCUUGACGAAGGUGUUUCCAUUGGUGAUCAUUCCUCCCAUCCCCCCCAAGAACUACAUCAACUUCUCCAUCUUGAACAAUAUAGUCACCAGCAAGGGCAGCAACAUCGUUAGCCCCAAACAAAAGGAGCUGACAAACAACUACUCGUACAUCAAUUCGACGCAUCUCAACUCCAACAAGCUCAUUGAGCACCGCAAGCGACUUCUCACCAGUUUCUUGAAUAACUGCCUCAACAUCCGCCAGAUCAGAAACCUCGAGUUUUUUAGCAAGUUCUUAGACCCCAACACCAACUGGCAGGACGAGAUCAACUUGAUUCUGAACCAAUUGCCCAAGGACAUCUAUCACCUGAACCCCGAGAACGGGUUGAAGACCGAUGCGGUAUACGCCAGUCUACCUCAUUUCACCACCAACAUCAAUAUGGGGUUUUUGAACACGAUCCUGGAGAACUCCAAGAAGCUCGGAAAGUCCACCGGCAAGUUGAUCAAUGGUAGUGGUGGGGGUGACCCUGAAAACCUGGUCCCGACCACUGCCUCAGAAGACAGUAACAGCCUUUCUCCCAAGGACUCGAACGAAAACGACCUCAACAGCGAUAGUAUUGAAACCGUCAACACGUCUCAUUUGGACGACAUCAACAGGAAGAUCAUGGACAAUUUCAUCGGACUAGCCAACGACUACACCGAGCUAGGCACCGUUUUCAACUCGUUUUCGUUGUUGCUCGCCGACGCACCCAUAAUCAGAACCAAGUCCCAGGAACAGGGCGAAGAUAAGGACGUUGGGAAGCUCAAUAUUAUCUUGGACAAGAUGGGCCAGGUGUUUGAUCGGUCAUACAUCACUAUAAAUGCCUUGAUCAGUGACUUAGAAACCAAGUUCUCCGAGCCCUUAGGAGAAGAAGUCCAGUACUCCACCACGUUGAGAUUUAUCCAGAAGUUCCAGAGGAGAAAGGACAGACAGAAGAAGAUGCUUGACAGUGAGUUGAAGGAGAAGAAGGCGACACUUCAGGGCUUGUUGAAAGUCGAAGAAGAAACUGCCACUAUUGAAAACGCCAUCAACUCGGACCCAGUGUCCAAGCAGAGACGGUACCAACUAGAUCAGAAUGCUCCCAACAAUUCGUAUGCUUCCCGAUUCAAGUUCCCCAACAUGAACUCCAUCAAGAAGAUCACCCAGUAUGUCAGUGACAUUAUGGACCAGAAUCCUCAGGAAACUAGGAAGCAUAGAAUCAGCGAUUUGAAGACCAAAAUCAAUACGUUAGAAAAGUGCCAGGAUAUCAUGCUUGGAGACAUCUCAUAUAUUGCGGAUGAGCUUAACAAGAACUUCAAGAAUUUCCACAAGAAACAGUUAAAGGUGAUUUACGAUAUUCUCUUGUGCUACAACGGGUUUCUAGUGAACUGGGCCAAGAAGAACCUUGACAUCUGGGAGGAAAUCCGAGAGGAGGUAGUCAAGCUCUAG